UUGCAUCAUCCAACAGCAGAGCGCGAGCACAAAUGACACCCGUUUCCCUGGUUUUAUUAGUCCGCUCAUGGCUUCUUUAUCCUUCUUUCCUCCAAACUUUCCAAUCUCCCCUUUCCCUCUCUCCUCAAAGCACUCCAUUCAUCCGCAAUCACCCCAUUCUCCAAUUCACACAAAUGGGGAUUCUCAAUUCAAGAGUAUAACCGCACCAUUAUCCACGGUUCGAGCUUUUCGAGAGUGGAAAGAGUACGAGGAAGCAGUGAAAGAUAAGGACCUUGCUAGAGCACUCAAGUUUUUGAAGUCCGUUGAUGGUGGCAUCCAAAUUCAACACGUUGAGUCAAGUGGGUAUGGGUCUUCUAUUCGGACUCGUUCCGAGUUGGGUUUUCCUGUUGUGGACAGAGAUUGGGAGGUUCUGGAUACUUGCUUGAAUGCGAGUGAUAUGAGGCUUGUGAGUAGUGCUUAUGCCUUUCUCCAAGACAGAGGUCUGCUACUCAAUUUUGGGAAAUGUAGAAAUCUUGUAUUGGACGGACCACGAGACGUAACACCAACAAUUAUGAAGUCUUCAACUGGCUUAGAAGUGUCCAAACUCUCUCCAAAAAAGUGGGGUCUCACUGGAGCUUCCGGUGCUGCUCUGUUUUCCUUUCUUGGUGGCGUGUCUUUUCUGCUCUCCCGCGGAAUAGACUUGAGGCCCAAUUUAGCAGCUAUUUUGGGAUUAGCUGCAGUAGACUCUAUUUUUCUUGGUGGUUCAUGUCUUGCUCAAAUUUCAAGUUAUUGGCCUCCGUUUAAGCGUCGCAUCCUUGUUCAUGAAGCAGGGCAUUUGUUGACUGCGUAUCUUAUGGGCUGCCCCAUACGUGGAGUCAUUUUAGACCCAAUUGUGGCAAUGCAGAUGGGCAUUCAAGGGCAGGCAGGGACCCAAUUUUGGGAUGAGAAAUUGGAGAAUGAGCUUGCUGGAGGACGACUUAGCAGUACAGCUUUUGACAGGUACUGCAUGGUGCUUUUUGCUGGUAUUGCAGCAGAAGCUCUAGUCUAUGGUGAAGCUGAGGGUGGAGAAAAUGAUGAGAAUCUGUUCAGGAGUAUAUGUAUACUUCUGCAGCCUCCUUUAAGUGUUCCACAGAUGUCAAAUCAAGCUAGAUGGGCAGUUUUGCAGUCUUAUAAUUUGCUGAAAUGGCAUAAAGAGGCUCACAAGGAAGCUGUUAAAGCUCUUGAGAGUGGUGGCAGCCUUAGCAGUGUAAUAAGGAGCAUUGAGGAUGCAUUGUCUUCAGAGGGAUGAUUGUUGACUUCUUGUUGUUGUAUGACAUUUUCAUCGUCUACUGAUGAAAGGUGUGUUUAAAUCUUUAAUUUAUAUGUUCAGAAUCAAACCUAAAAUGUCUCAUUUCUAGUCAAUACAAUUUUUUGUUCACCUCUUAGAGAUACUUCCUUUGCAAUUUUAGGUGUGCAGUUAAUGAGAAUUCCAGUUAUUGUCGUGAUAUCGUGUCGAAUAUAUGUAAGCCUCACAUUAAGAUUUUUGCGCUUUCUCCUGGAAGCCCACCGGAAACCUCCCUUCAGGUUUCACAGGGAUCGAGUUUUCAUUCAAGUUAUUGUAUUUGGCUUUCUCUCGGUUCAAUUGUGGCUGAAUGAUCAUUGUUUUCACUCUCUCAACACAGUACAAAGAAGUGUGUGUUGACCGUCUCCAUUUUCGCAAUAGUUGGACUUUUGUAGAUUUCGUGAAUUUUAUCGGUCAUUUCUCCGACAAUGUACUUGCUUCGAUGUUUUGCUUGCUCUACGGGGUUAAUGUAUCUGAGAUAUACGAAGUAUUUUCUUUAGAGCAUGUCUGCUAGUGUAUACGGAUAGUUCUAAAUUGUAUUCCUAAUUAGAGUGAACCGCCGAUUUUGAUAUUAACAUGGAGAAAUCUAUACCUAGUAUUUAAAAAGGAUAACCACUGAUUAUUAUA